AUGAACUUUAGACUACUACUACUAAAGAGAUCUUACUCGGUAAAAAUACCAACCAAUGCUCCAACAGUCUCAGAAAAUGAACAGUGGUUAAAUCAUCUAACACAAUUGGCUAAAUAUAAAAGAAGAGAUAAUAAUGGUCAUUCAAGAUUAAAUCAGUUUAGAAGUUCUAAAUCCUUAAUAAAUGUGCCUUAUGAAAUCCAACCAAUUGAUGAAGCAAAGGAUUAUAUAACUGUUAAAUCGCCUAUAGAAAACUUCACUUCAAUGAGGUAUCUACAAUCACCAAAUUCUUCAACCCAUCAUUCGUCAGAACAAGGAAAUUUUGUAGAUUUGAAAAUUAUUCGAUGUAAAAGUGGAAAAGGUGGAGAUGGUGCUGUCUCAUUCUUUAGAGAUGCAGGUAGAGCUAUUGGUCCACCGGAUGGUGGUGAUGGCGGUGAUGGUGGAAGUGUCUAUAUCCGUGCUGCUACUGGCAUCAAUUCGUUAUCGAAUAUAAAGACAACAUAUUUUGCGGGGUCGGGUAGUAAUGGUACUAGUAAACAACUAGAUGGCCAAAGGGGGAAAGACAUUAUGAUAACGGUACCCACUGGUACAAUCGUACGUUGGUGUGUCGAUCCAAAGCAAGUUCGUGACUUGAUAAAAAAGAGUAAUGACAGUACUUCCAUACAAUCAAUAUUACAUGAAAAAAAAGUUAGUCUAGAAUGCACUUCAGAAAUUGAUAGAGAUGAUGGUGAAAUCCCAUCAAGUAUUCAAUUGUUUAGAGAUAAUAAAGAACCAGGUGAUGGCUGGAUUUUUAAAGAGAGCGAUAAAGAAUAUCAUUUGGGUAAAGAAUGGUUUCAAAAAUUAAAUAAAAAAGUAAAAUUAUAUGACGCUAUGUUAUUUGAUGAGGAAUUGGCAAAUGAUAGAUUUCCUUGGUUGGGUUUAGAUCUUAGUGUUCCAACAGAGGAGCCAAUCUGUUUACUAAAGGGAGGAAAGGGGGGUUUAGGGAAUAUGCAUUUUUUAACAGAUAUGAUUAGAAAUCCAAAGUUCGCUUUGAUCGGAAGACAAGAAUUAGAGAGUUCGUUUUUACUGGAAUUAAAAUCUUUGGCAGAUAUUGGUCUUAUCGGUUUCCCAAAUGCAGGUAAAUCAACUAUCUUAAAUAAAAUUUCUAAUGCAAAACCAAGAAUUGGUCAUUGGAAAUUUACUACGUUGGUCCCAACAAUCGGAACAAUUUCUACUGCUAUUGGUGAGCCCAGCUUUACAGUUGCUGAUAUUCCAGGGAUAAUUGAAGGUGCAUCAGAUAAUAAAGGUAUGGGCUUGGAAUUCAUCCGUCAUAUCGAGCGUUCUAAAGGAUGGGUAUUUGUUGUUGGAUUAGAUAGUAAAGACCCGUUGAAUGAUUUAAAAAUUCUUAUGGAGGAGCUUGGAGGUGCUGAAAAGAUUAAGUCAAAAAAUAUUUUGGUUGUUUGCAACAAAGCUGACUUAACAAUCUCAAAAUUAGAUCCAACCGAAAAAUUUGUUCCUAUUAAUAAUUUCUGCAAAGAAAAUGGAUGGGAGUGUUUGCCAAUCAGUGCCUUAAAUGAAGAAAACAUUGACAUUCUUAAAAUUAAAAUGAAACAAUGUAUUAGUAAGGACUCAAAAUUAUAG